AAUAAAAAAAAACCAACAAUAAUUACAAAGAAGACUCUUGAAGCAGCAGCUAACAACAGAGACGGAGACAGCAUGGCAUUGACAAUGGUGGAGAUCCCAGAGCAAAAGCUUUACGACGGAAAUCGAUUCCCGGCAGUUAUAUCUCCGACUCCGACUCCAGCAGCAGCUGCUACUCCUCGUCUCACAGAAACCAUCCAAGCGAACAAACAGUACAUACAGGACCAGCUCCUAAAAUCCGGGGCCGUACUCUUCAGGGGGUUUCCUGUAAAUACAGCCUCGGACUUCAACGACGUCGUGGAGGCCUUCGGCUACGAAGAGAAUCCUUACGUUGGAACUGCUCCUCGGACAAAGAUCGUGGGUCGGGUUUUCACCGCCAACGAGGCCCCGCCCGACCACAAGAUUCCAUUUCACCACGAAAUGGUUCUGUAUCCAGAGUUCCCAUCCAAGCUGUUAUUUUUCUGUGAAAUAGAGCCUGUAAGUGGGGGCGAAACUCCCAUUGUUCUAAGCCACAUUGUGUACGAGAGGAUGAAAGACAAGCACCCGCAAUUUGUCCAAAAAUUGGAGGAACAUGGCUUGAUAUAUACCAAGGUUUUAGGCCAAGAUUACGACCCUUCUUCUGCGAUGGGUCGUGGCUGGAAGUCCACAUUUGGGACCGAAGACAAGAACAUAGCUGAACAGAGGGCUGCUAAGCUGGGGUAUGUGUUGGAAUGGUUGGAUGACGGAGUGAAAACAAUCAGGGGACCGAUCCCGGGCAUCAAAUGUGACAGCAGCACAAGGCAGCGCAAGGUUUGGUUUAACAACAUCAUGGCAGUAUAUUUAGGAUGGAAAGAUGAUGCAAGAAAUAGUGACCCUGAGAAGGCUCUCGCUUUCGGGGAUGGCAGCCCCUUGGCUGCAGAUGUCAUCUACGACUGCCAGAAAAUUCUUGAAGAUGAAAGUGUGGCCAUCCCUUGGCGCAAAGGUGAUGUUUUGCUGCUCGAUAAUAUGGCCGUCCUUCACUCCCGGAAUCCAUGCACUACACCUCGCAGAGUCCUAGCCUCCCUCUGCAAGUAGACUAGUAAGCUGUAUCAAACAACUCAUCAUAUGUCUCCUCAUAUGUCUGCAUAUAUUAUAUGAUAAUGUCUUGCUUACAAAAUAUGUGAAAUAAAAAGCAAGAAUUGAGUUGGAGUUGUUAAGAUUUGUUUGGUUGCCAAGAACAGACAGAUAAAAAAAAUAAUCCCGACAAGAUGAACCCGUCAUUCCUCAUUACCUGCAAAUCAUUUGCUAUUACUUUGAUUUGUAUGCAGAGAGAAUUAAUGUAUGUCUGAUACAAAUAAAAUAAUGUACUCUUAAUAUAUUA